AUGGGUGGUCGUGUUGAGCUCAUCGAGAAGAAGGAGGACUUCGUCUCCAAGGUCCAGCAAUCCCAGGGUGUCGUCAUCGUCGACGCCUAUGCCGACUGGUGCGGCCCCUGCAAGGCCAUCGCGCCCAAGGUCGACUCCCUCAGCGAGCAGUACCCCGACGCCAAGUUCUACAAGAUCGACGUCGACCAGCUCACCGACGUCGCUGCCGAGCUCGGCAUCCGCGCCAUGCCCACUUUCCUGAUCUUCAAGAACGGCGAGCAGGUCGGUGAGGUUGUCGGUGCCAACCCGCCUGCGCUGGAGGCUGGCAUCAAGGAGCAUCUUUAG